AGAGAAAAGCUGCGAACCGCCGCCGCCGCCGCCGCUCGGACAAACCGACCCGGACUCCCGGACAGACGGACGCAGCGGAGCGGCGCUCGGAGCGACGGACAGCCGGCAGCAUGGGCCGGCGGAGCGGCCGUCGGUAGCGCUCUGAUUUCGGGGACGGAGCUCCAGGAUGAGCGUAGCGCUGCAGGACCUCCGGAACACCAUGUCCAGCUACAAACGAGCUACGUUGGAGGAGGAGGAGGUGUCGGACGCUCCGGCUGAGGCGGCCUCGUCUCCCGACAGAGUGGAGGUGGGCUUCAGGAAGGGAGGCGUGGACCUUUUUGGCCGGAGAACCCAGCUGGAGGUUCUGCUGUCGGUUCUGCUGCUGGCCGCCCUGCUGGCUCUGCUGGCCUGCCUGGUGGUUCUGGGGCUGGGCUUCAGUUCAGACAGUGGGCGUGGCCUGUGCCUGUCGGAGGCGUGCGUCACGGUGGCGAGUCAGAUGGUGGAGGCGAUGGACCGCGGCGCCGACCCGUGUCACGACUUCUACCAGUUCGCCUGUGGAGGCUGGAUGAGGAAGAACCCGCUGCCGGACGGACGGUCGCGCUGGUCCACCUUCAACAGCAUCUGGGAGCAGAACCAGGCGCUGCUCAAACACCUGCUGGAAAACGGGACGUUUAGCGGCAGCAGUGAGGCUGAGAGGAAGACUCAGUCGUAUUAUCUGUCCUGCCUCAACACUCAGAGAAUCGAGGAGCUCGGAGCUCAGCCCCUCAUUGACCUCAUCGCCAAGAUCGGAGGCUGGAACAUGACGGGUCCGUGGGACAAAGACAACUUCAUGGAGGUUCUGAAGGUGGUCUCGGGUCCGUACAGAGCUCAGCCGUUCUUCAGCGUCGGAGUCAGCGCCGAUCCGAAAAACUCCAACAGCAACGUGAUCCAGGUGGACCAAUCAGGGCUUUUCCUGCCGUCCAGAGAUUAUUACCUCAACAAGACAGCCAAUGAGAAGGUGCUGGUUGCCUACCUGGACUACAUGGUGGAGCUGGGGAUGCUGCUGGGGGGCGAGAGGAGCUCCACACAGCUUCAGAUGCAGCAGAUUCUGGAGUUUGAGACGGCGCUGGCCAACAUCACCGUCCCCCAGGACCAACGGAGGGACGAGGAGAAGAUCUACCACAAGGUGACCAUCGCUGAGCUGCAGAUGUUGGCUCCAGCUGUGGACUGGCUCGACUACCUGCUGUCUUCUCUGUCUCCUCUGGAGCUGAACGACACCGAACCCGUCGUCCUGUACGCCAGAGAGUACCUGCAGCAGGUGUCCGAGCUCAUCAACAAGACCGACCGCAGCUUGCUGAACAACUACAUGAUGUGGACGCUGGUUCAGAAGAGCGUCGCCAGUUUGGAUCAGCGCUUCGAGAACGCUCAGGACAAACUGCUGGAGAGUCUCUACGGCACCAAGAAGUCCUGCACCCCUCGCUGGCAGACCUGUAUCGGAAACACCGACGACACUCUGGGCUUCGCUCUGGGCGCUUUGUUCGUCAAGGCGACGUUCGACAAACACAGCAAAGAGAUCGCCGAGGAGAUGAUCAACGAGAUCCGCUCGGCGUUUAAAGACGCUCUGGACCGACUCCGCUGGAUGGACGACCAGACGAGACAGGCGGCGAAGGACAAGGCCGACGCCAUCUACGACAUGAUCGGUUUCCCAGAGUUCAUCCUGGACUCCAAAGAGCUGGACGACGUCUACGACGGGUACGACGUGUCGGACGACAGCUUCUUCCAGAACAUGUUGAACUUCUACAACUUCUCUGCUCGAGUGAUGGCCGACCAGCUGAGGAAGACGCCCAACAAAGACCAGUGGAGCAUGACUCCCCCUACGGUCAACGCCUACUACAUGCCCACCAAGAACGGCAUCGUCUUCCCCGCUGGGAUCCUGCAGGCGCCUUUCUACGCCCACGACCAUCCAAAGGCGCUGAACUUUGGUGGCAUCGGGGUGGUGAUGGGUCACGAGCUCACGCAUGCCUUCGACGAUCAGGGUCGCGAGUACGAUAAAGAGGGAAACUUGAGGCCGUGGUGGCAGAACUCGUCGGUGGAGGCGUUCCGUCAGAGAACUGAGUGUAUGGUGGACCAGUACAGCCGCUACACCGUCAACGGAGAACACGUCAACGGCAAACAGACGCUCGGAGAAAACAUCGCAGACAACGGAGGGCUGAAGGCAGCGUACCACGCGUAUCGGUCGUACAUCCAGAGAAACGGAGAAGAAAAGAGACUUCCUGCCGUCAACCUGACCAACGACCAGCUCUUCUUCGUGGGAUUCGCACAGGUGUGGUGCUCCGUCCGAACACCAGAGAGCGCUCACGAGGGCCUGGUGACCGACCCCCACAGCCCGCCUCGAUACCGGGUCAUCGGCACGCUCGCCAACUCACCGGACUUCAGCCGCCACUUCAACUGUCCGGCAGGGACGCCCAUGAACACUGGGAAGCGCUGCGAGGUCUGGUAGACGGACCGAGGAGGGCCGGGAGGGGGCGGAGUCUCUGGGAAGGGGGCGGGGAUAAUUAGGUCAACCUGCUAAUGAGCAGGUUGGCGAGCUCAUUAGUGUCUUAAUUAGAGGUGUUCAGGUUUCGGGUGCAGGUGUAACCUUCAGUUAUUAAUUAGCGACGUCAGACUCACUUCCUGUCUGGAAACUGAAGUGGACUUCACGCAGAGACACGAAGGACUGAUGAUGAAGACGAUGAUGAUGAAGCCACGUGGGACAGUGUUGCUGAUUUCUGCUUAACCACCGUUAUUGAUUAUUAUUAUUAUUAUUAUUAUUAAUGGGCUUUGGUUCGUGUGUGCGUAUGUGUGUGUGUGUGUGUGUGUGUGUGUUGUCCGUCGUAUGAAAGAGCUCUGUAAACUCUCUCUGAUGACAUCACUGUGAUGACCUCAUACAAGCUGUUACAUCAUCCGUCCACUCGGAGGUUUUGAGGAAGCUGUCGUCAGGUUUCAUUUUACAGUUCAGGUGCAUUUUAAGGUUUUAAACAUUAAUCAGUGGUGAAAUUACCGAGAAGGAAGUGUUUCAACGGACUGUCCGCGUUGUUUUAUGGAGGUUUUAGGCAGUAAAGACACGUCAUCAUUUACCAGAUCGCAUGACAAUGAUCAGUUUUUAAACCGUGUAGAUAAUCCGUCACAAUCCUUUAAUUGGUCCCAAUGACGCUCGUUAGGAAACACCUUAAUUAAGAGGUCAAUUAAGGGAUCCAGUUCCUGCGUGUCCGUGACGUGAGAAUGAAACGUUUUGUCGAACCACUCCACAUACACCACUGUUCUGAGAUGAAGAGCCGUUCCCUUCAUGUGCUGUAUCACAACCCUUUAAUUAACCCGCUGAUUAGCGCCUUAAAGCCCCCGUUAGACUUCGUUGUUCGUGGCGGUUUUAAGGUCAAACCGAAGGGACUGGAACCACUCUACACUCUGUAACCACUAACCGCCAUUACUAGUGUUGUCAUGGUAACCGAAACGCCGUCGUGUAAAAGCAAACCCCGUGUUCAGUGUUAAUUAAAACCAAGACGUCAGCAGCGAUGCCUUUUAAAAGUGACCGGACUCUUAUUCUGAAAUUUGGAGCGUUGCCUUAAAAUUUCAAAAUAAAAUGCCUUAUAAAAAGCAGAACCGCCAGCUGUUUGUGGAGCUCCAGGUCUGAUGUGACGCACAAACUACGGAUUGGCCUUCAGAGUCUGAUCUUAGACCAGAACUGCAGCGAGCGUGGUGUGUUUAGGGACUAGACGUUGGGGGUGUUUGGGUGUAAAAAUCAGCGUGGGACGACUAAAUUCAGUUCUUGAUUACAACAAGUUCAGUCGGGGUUAAAUUUGAACUCCUACGUUUAGUUCCUGAAUGCCUCACACUUACUUUAGUUCCUUAUCUGGUAACGAAGUAAGUGAGGCCUUCAGGAGCGUGGGGAAUUCAGGAAUUUAAAUGAAUGUAGGGGAUUCAGGAAAUGACAUAAGCGUGGUGUGUUCAGGGACUUAAAUAAGCUAAGCAGUGAAGGAGCUAAAAUAAGCAUGAGAUGUUCAGGAACCAAAAUGAUUGUGAGACAUUCAGGAAUGAGAAUAAGUAUGAUGCGUUCAGGGACUUAAAUGAGCAGCCAAGGAACUAAAAUAAGCAUGGGGCAUUCAGUGAAAAGACCAGCGUGGGAAAUUCCGAAACUGGAAUAAAGUUUGAGCAUUUAGGAGCAAAAAUAACUAAGAUAGUUGAGAGGCGUUUGGGAAGUGAACUAAGCAUGAGGCAUUUAAAACUACAAGAACUAUUCUGGAUUUAUAGAAGCUCAGGAGGCAUUCAGGAACUUAAAUAUACGUGAGAGAUUCAGGUACCAGAAUGAGCUGUCCAGGGACUCGCUUCAGAUUCUGGUUUUAUCCCUUGUUCGUGUCAAAGCAAGUAAAAAAUACAAAUGGUUGAAUAGUUUCUAAUCUCGAGUUCUGAAAAGAAGCGUUUUGCUUUUUCUCUUUCGUCUAAAAUUGAACUUUCUACCGUCAGACCUUGACAGCAGGCAGCUGGAGCAGGACAGUGAACGCAACGCAGAGAAACGUGUGGAAGCGCAUCGAAGAAAUAAACGUGAUGAGUUCAGUUUUAUCACAUGUUAAACCGUCAGCAGGUUAAAAGGUGAACAUUAGUGAAUAGAAGAGACUUCAUUACCCAUAAUCCCGUAGUGCUCUGCGUCAUGCAGCAGGUACACGACUCUGACAGCAGGUGGUGCUGUUGGUCUGCUCACCUGGACUCCAUCACCUGAAACUGAACAUAUUGAAGUCGGUAUUGUGACAACACUAAACACUGUAGACUAUCUGUGUGUGUGUGUGUGUGUGUGUGUGUGUGUGUGAGCGUCGCCGCCUGAUGACAUCACCGUCCAAUCCCGUGCAGCUUCCUGUGCGUGUCGUCGUUUGUUCAGCAGAAGAAGCUGCUUCCUGCCAAAGAUGUUUCUGUGUGUCCGUGUCAAACUUGUGCUUCUGUACUUGUGAGGACCAGUGUGAGGCAACGCCAUGUGAGGACUUCCUGGGGGGACAUGAGGACGUAUUUUUAAACCUUUGAUGGGCCGUUGGGGUGUUGUUUAGGAUCAGGUUUGAGUUUAAAGCCUGGUUGUGAAUCUUGUCCUCCGAGGUCCCUACAAUGUGUCCGUGUUCUUGCCUACGUCGUGUUGUGAGGACCUGUUGAAUGUCCACGCUAGUGAAGACACUGUAGGACCAAACUGUAGGAGGCCAUCGGGACAUUCUUUCUAAAUGAAGAACAGGUUUAAGUUGGAGGGCUGACGGGGCAUCAUAUCAGCAAACCUGCCCACUAUGUGCUUGUGUUGUUGUGUGUCUAAUUUUGUGGGGACCAGUGUAGUUUUCAUGUGGGGACAUUUUGUUUGGUCCUCGUGGGGGGGCGGACUUUCAACGGGCCAUUGGGGCGUUUUUUUUUUAAGGUUCAGGAAUAGGAACAGUUGGAGGACUGGGAGGGCAUAAACUCCACACUGGUCCCUAUAAUGUCUGUCUUUGUGAGGACCAGUUUGAAUUUUGGACCAUUUGAAAAUAUUUUGUCUCCUCAGACAAACCUUGGAAAGGGGCUCAGUUCUGGUUUUAGGGAUUAUUUCGGUUUAGAUGUGGGGCCUUGGAGGUUCUCCACAACGUGUCUGGUUUCUUGUAUGUCUACUGUUGUGUGGGUCUGUGUGAAUUUUAUUCUACAUCAGUAGUAAUGUGACGUCUUCACUUUCGGAUGCUCCGUUGUCAUCAGGAUAAAGUCUAGAUCAGGGACUUGGUGGAGCAUCAUAUUCACACAGGUGCCCACAGUGGGUGUCUUUUUGAGGACCACUUUGCAUUCAGACCAAUCAGGAUCCAGUUUAAUUUAGGGGCCACAUAAACAAAAUCCGUCUCAACAUGUGUGUGUUCUUGUAUGUGUCACUUUAAGAGGACCAGUAUGAAUUUAAAGCCAUUCAAGAUUCAUCCUUCCUUUAGAACCUCCACAGGACUCUGAUUAGAUUUAUGGGGUUUAUUUUGCAUCAUAGGCUGAGAGGCCUGUUAGUGCACCACAUCAUAGAGGGUCCUCAUAGAGUGUGUAUGUCCGUGUACAUCUGUCUGUUUGAGGGCAUUCAGCCGUCGUCCUCACCGCAGGUCCUCACAAGUACAGGCAGAACAUGUGUGUGUGUGUGUGUGUGUGUGUGUGUGAGGGCUCAGAGCUGCGUCAUAGUGUGUGUACAGUAGACGACAGUAGGUCUGAUGUAGAUUAAACUCAGCUCGUUGUAAGCUCCUCGUCUGUCCUGAAGGGGGCGUUGGCGCUCUGCUUGCUCGUCCAAUCAGAGAGCGGCACUUCCGACGGCUGCUGUUGGAGGUCUGAUGGAUGUUUUAUCUGAUUUUAUUUGUUUGUCAGAGAAUGUGAAGGAAACGGGAGAAGUUUUCUAUCCGACUGCAGAAAUAUAAUAAACACUGAACACAACGAA